AUGGGCGGUAGCUCGAUAACCACAGACUGCAUCGAACUCGGCAACACCAUAUCCAGGGCGUCGCUGGUUUUGAAUGAGUUUGUACGAGAAGUUCGCGAGGCGCGAGCCGAUCUCGAUGUGGUAUCUCGCGAAUUGCACUCGCUCCAAAGCGUGCUGGAUCUGCUAAAGGACGACGCCGGUGCCCUGCCCACGAGAAUAGCGACCGAGACCCCGGCGCUUUUGCAGCAAUGCAACCGAGUUGUCAGUGAACUGGAUGCCGACCUGCUAGCUCUGGACGGCAGCGCACUGUCGAGACCACAGAAGCGGAUGCAAUGGAUCGCCGUCGGAAAACAACAGAUUGCGGAUAUCCUGCCCAUCAUUGAGGCGCACCGGACAAUGCUAGGGCUGGCCUUGGAUCUUGUCGGAGUUACACAUGGCCGCGACUUGCAUGACUGCCUAGCAGAUGGAGACCAGGACUCGCCGCAAAACGAAGAGAAGUUGACAGAGAUCAGAAACGAGGCCAUCCGGCUCGUGGGGGAGAUGAAUGAGGUGCGACGCCAGCGAUCAGGACUAUUCGAGUCAACCGGUCCAUACCGCAGCCUGGCAACUCAUUUGGUGGCUCUGAGGAUAUACGCCAACUCACUCAUUUACAACAAGGACGGUGACGAUGGUGCUUUUCUCGGAGAGGGGACGGGCAUGGGCAUGUACGUGGGCGACGAACCAGACAGCGCAAUCGAAGUCAACGACGGAUCCUCGCUUCACGGUUUCCAUACACCACCCCCUGAAGCUCACUCUCCCGUCAUGACACCUCCGACGGCUUUACAAUACAUCCAGGAUGUAGACGAAUUGCGAGAUGCGCUAAACGACGAUUGGGUAGAUGGCUCAGCACCGCCCAAGUCAAGACUCGGAAGUGUGGACGACUCAGUAGCCGACUCAAGGGACCAGCCAGAGGAUGAGCUGUCGACUACAGAAUUUGACGAAAUGACCGAUGUACCAAGCCGAGCGCCAACGCCUCCUCCCAAGGACAUGAAGAGGCUUCGGGCGCAACGAAACACAAUGGUAUCUCCGUUUGAGCCGGCUAUGGUGGACGAGUCGCUAUACGGAGUCGUGACAGAGAUUACCUCUCAAGGCCGGAAACCGUCAAACGGCCCACCGCAAACUCGGGGUCGAUUCGGACGUCUCUUUGGACAUGUAAAGAAUGCUCUGUCAGAGGCCCCAAGCACAACCGAGACGAAUUCCACCACCUCGUCAACUGAAACCAGGCCCAUUACGCCCAUUGCACAAGCUAGCCUCGUCCGCAGGGGCAGCCGGCGAUUGUCGACAUCCAUCAAACGGCUUCCCAUGUGGAAUACCGAGCUAGAAGAACCGGAAGGCCCAGCGGCCCCUGGGUCAAAUGCCGUCUUUGGUGUUUCUCUAUCCAAGAGCAUACAGGCUGCCAAGAGUACAGCCAAGACGCAUCACACUGGUAGCGGAUCGUCGAGGCGCGAAUUUCCCCUUUGCAUGCACAAAUGCGUCGUGUUCUUGCAAAUGGAAGGCAUUGAAGCACCCGAUAUUUUUGCCGAGCCCGGAGAUGGGUACCGGGUGAAGAAGUUGAAGGAGGCUUUUAGCAAACCGCCCAGCUACGGCGAGGAUAUCAACUGGGACAAUUACGGCGUCUACGAUGCAGCGGACAUUGUUCUGUUGUUCCUCUCACAACUACCGAAACCUCUCAUUUCGGAAAGCAUUGCCAAACGCUGGAUCGCCCUGUCAAAGCAAGCGACAUUGACGGGCUCUCACGGCACUCGUCUUGACCAGUGCAUCGAUUUCUGGGAAGAGUCCCUCGGGGGCCUGCGCGGUCCCGCCAGGAGUCUAUUCAAGCUUUUGCUAAACUUGUGGUCAUCGAUUGCCGAAUCGGCCGAGAAGAACGACAUGACCGCGGAAAGGCUUGCCGGCGUCAUUUUGAAGCCACUGAUGCACACGUCUUCGGAAAAGCACGCGACCGACUUUAUGCUGGCAUUGGCCUUUUUGAUUCGGAAGCGCAGUGAAUACACUACGAUGCUAAACGAAGGACGCAAGAGUCGUGCUGCGUGGUGA